UACACAACCAAGACAAAUGAAAUGCAAAAAAAAAAAGCAGCGACAGAGAGCGACACACAGCAUGAAAAUGUUACCGUCACAGUUGUGAAUUAAUAAAAAAAGAAAUCUAACCCAAACUCUUUCUUAUCUACUUUUCUUUUUGUAAAAGAUGGGUAAAUGGACUGACAAGUUGUACAUUACACAUUCGGAAUGGAGCGGUGAAGUGGGUCAGCAUUCCGCUGCAGGAGGUAUCACAGGGAAACGUACUUCUUCAGGUUUCAAAAAGUUACCAUUCUACUGCUGCUCACUGUCUCUACAACCGUUUGAACAUCCCGUUUGUACACCUGACGGCAUUAUAUUUGACCUUGUCAAUAUUAUUCCUUAUAUUAAGCAGUACGGAACGAAUCCUGUCACAGGCGAGAAACUAGAAACGAAACAGCUGAUAAAACUGAAAUUUUUUAAAAAUGAUAAAGACGAGUACUACUGUCCGGUUACUUACAAAGUGUUUACCGAUCACACCACGAUCGCUGCAAUUAAAACCACCGGCAACGUCUACGCCUACGAUACCAUUGAAAAGUUGAAUAUCAAAGCGAAACAUUGGAAAGAUUUACUGACAGACGAAAGUUUUACGAGAAAGGAUAUCAUCAUGCUGCAGGAUCCUCAUAAUUUAGAAAAGCGAGACAUGUCCAAUUUUGAUUAUCUGAAAAUGAACAAAAAAGUCAUCAAUAAAAAGGAAGAAUUGGAGAAGCAAAAGACAAGUUAUCAUAUCAAUGUGGAAGGCAUGGGAAAUGCAAAAAAGGUAUUUGAAGCGUUAGAGGCAAAGAAUAAGCAACAAGAAGAACCAACGACAGCAGAAGAAGGCGACAGUAACAAUAAUAAACCAGUCAUACCUGUAUCCUUUCAUCAGAAGAAAAAAGCUUUGCCUUACAAUGCAGCACAUUAUACAACCGGCGAAGCGGCAGAGUCAUUUACAUCAACAGCAAUGGGAGCUUAUACGCAGGCUACAAGAGCAUUAAUUGAUGAGGAUGAAUUCAUGUAUAAAAAGAUCAAGUCGAAAUCAUACGCUAGAAUUAACACAAAUUAUGGCAAUAUCAACAUUGAGCUAUUUAGCGACAAAGUACCACGAACAUGUCAUAAUUUUGUUCAACUCGCAAAGAGUGGUUAUUACAAUGGUGUCAUCUUUCAUAGAAAUAUAAAAAAUUUUAUGAUUCAAGGAGGCGAUCCAACUGGCACUGGGAGAGGAGGCGAAUCCAUUUGGAAACGUGAUUUUCCUGAUGAGAUCAAGAGUACAUUAAAACAUGAUGCAAGAGGUGUACUGAGCAUGGCUAAUAAAGGAAAGGAUACCAACAGCUCACAAUUCUUUAUUACCUAUUGCCCUACUCCAGAAUUAGAUGGAAAGCAUACUGUUUUUGGUAAGGUGGUUGGUGGUAUGGACGUCUUGAGGAAACUUGAAGCUGUUCCUGUUGAUAAAAAUGACAGGCCUGAGAGGGAAAUAGUGAUGAAGCAAGUUGAAGUAUUUGUCGAUCCAUUCGCAGAAUAUCAAGCAAGAUUGAAGAGGAAGUUAGAGCAUGAAGCAAAUAAAGACAGAGAAGAUGAGGAAGAGAGGAGGAAACGAGAAAAAGAGGAAAAGAUGGGCUGGUUUGGUCCUAGUGUGCCAAAGAGCAGUACGACUGAAGGAAGCCCAACAGGACCUUCAAUCGGCAAGUAUUUGAAAGCUUCAGCCUCUGAGCAGCAAAAGAAAAGAAAAACCGACUCUUCUUCUUCUUCUUCACCGGUUAAAGAAGAUUUAGUAAUCAAGAAACCGAAAACUGCGUCAGCAAAAUCUACCUACGGCAAUUUUGAUAAUUUCUGAUAAUAUUCGGUUCUUUUUCUUUUCUUUUUUUUUUAAUUAAGCAAUCAAUAAACAUUUGAUCGAGAUAUACCG